AUGACCUACCCGCAGCUCAGAGGCGCCUAUGCGCAUGUCUCGGUUACCGGCCAGAGGCUGACCACCUGCGGCCCAGAGGCGCGGGAUAAACACGACGCAACGCUCACAGCUACAACGUGGCGCCAGAAGAGGCCGCCUCACCGUGGCGCAGCAGCGCAAAGCCUCCUCGGCAAUCGGUACUACCUAUUGCCGACGCCCGGUGGAUCCUCCAGAGGGUAUGGCUCGUGAGAUAA